AUGGCACCUAAGCACCCUUCCACCCACAGCCUCCUGCAGGAGCACCUGAGUCAGGAUCCAGAAAUCGAAGAAGAAAUUUCUAGAAAAGAUAACAAGCUUCUGUCAUUACUAAGAGAUGUAUAUGUUGAUUCCAAAGAUCCGGUGCCUUCCUUGCCAGUAAAAGAUGUUGAACCACAGCAAGGACCAAAAGAAUUCAGACUGUUGGUAGAUCACUUGCAUAAGAAUAUCACGAACUUUCCCAAACGCAAGAUUAUUGUUGUGGAGGCAUUGACCCUUCUCAGUAACCAUAAACACACUCCAGAAACAUGGACUGCAGAGAGAAUCGUGCAAAAAUACCAUUUAGAACUGAAAGAUGUAAAUUCUCCUCUCAAAUAG